UGUAUUAUAUUCACCAUAAAAAUGAAAUUCCUCUUUCUUAUAUCUCUUGUUCAAACUGGAUAGGACAAAACUGAAGAUUUACAUACGAAAAUACGUACAAAAUGUAAAAUGACUGAUGAGGUAUAAGGAAAUGGAUUCCCCAUUCAUGAAGAGGGAGAGGAUUGAGAGGGUGGAGAGAGAUUUGAGACAAACAGAGCAGUGGGCAUACUUUUCAUUGGUGGCAGUCAUCGGACAGCAUGAUGUUUAGUAUUUUUUUUUAUAGUGAGAGGGAAGAUUUGAGUGAUGUGAAGUGCAAUGCAGUAAGAUGAGUAGCCGAAAAGACAGAGAUGGGCUACCUGCUUCUUGGUUCUUACGUGUCUUUCUAUUAUUCGGUUCCUCUCUUUCCCAUUUUAUCUCAUUAACUCAUUCCCAUCUCAUGUAGAGACAGACGGACGGACAGACGGACAGACAGUGGGCAAUGGGGAGAAAGAAGAAGAGAGGUGCGAGGGGAAUCCUCAAGCCGUCACCUGGCUGUAGUGGGGAAACCGUGGCCGGAGGAGCUCUGGGGGUGACUGGGUACGAGCUGUUGAGACAACAAAGCAUCAGAGACAACAUGCUUAGAAUGCAGACACUUGGCAUUUUGGACCUUUCCCUCAACCUCGCCUCCCACUUUCUUCCUCCCAAGCGUCCCCGGAGGAACCCUCCUCACCACAAACUUUCUCUUCCCUCUCCUUCUCAGCCUCUUCGACGCUCUUCUAGGUUGAAGAGUAUGAGUCCUGUUAGCUAUUCAGAACUACGCCCUAAGAUGAAGAGCCAAUUCUCAAUGGCUCUGAUGAGCAAUGAGAGUCAUACACGAAAGGGUUCAAAACCAGAGGUUUAUGCUGAAGAACAUGAGGAGCUAUUGGGUGAUUGCAAGACAAGUUGGACCCUGUUUAUAGAUGGAUAUAACAAGGAGGGGAAACGCAUAUAUGAUCAGGUGAAAGGGAAGACAUGCCAUCAAUGCAGGCAGAAAACUCUGGGUUACCGCACUCAUUGCAGCAAAUGUAAAUUGAUCCAAGGGCAGUUUUGUGGAGACUGCUUAUACAUGAGAUAUGGGGAGAAUGUGAUAGAAGCCAACAAGAACCCUAGUUGGAUUUGCCCAGUCUGUCGAGGAAUUUGCAACUGCAGUUUAUGCCGACAAGCAAAAGGAUGGAUGCCCACUGGUCCUAUGUAUAAGAAGGUUUCAGAACUAGGGUUCAAGUCUGUGGCACAUUAUCUCAUCCAAACACGGCGUGCUAAGACAAGCUCAGAAGACCCUGAUGCUGAAAUUUUGGUUUCUGCAAAGACACCACAGUCCAUGGCUGAUACAGGAGCGCAUGCUUUGCAGAUAAUAUCACUUGAUGCAGACAUGGAAGCUGAUGGGUGCCCAAAAUCCCAACAUGACAACAAUGAUGAUAACAAAUAUGAAGCAAUUCAAGAGGUGGCAGGGACAGAAGUGCAUCACUUGGAUGCCAAUGGUGCAUAUGUCAAAGAUGAUGGUAAUGAAGAUGAAAGUAGUGGACUGGGAAUUUGCUUAAACCCUCACAUGGAACCUUCUGUUGUCGACCAACCAUUCCCAAAUCUGCCUUAAACAUCCCAUGAAAAUUUUGAGAUGAAGCACUCUCUUUUUUGCCAGCAAGAACCACUAGCAGAAUGCAAUUGAUACAAAGCAAGCAAUAUAUGUUGAUUUUUUGCU